ACGUUUUAGAUUUCCUUUUCAAUUGUUAUUCACUGUCAACGCCAGAGAAGGAGGAAGAAGAAAGAGUGUGAUCGUGACAACUGACAACAAUGGAGUUUCUGGACGAAGACGCGAGGCCACGCUUCCUCUUCCAAUCAGGAGCCGCAGCAGCAGCUGCAGAGCCACAACCUCACCUCCACAAACCCACCAAGCUAGUCCUCUUCAUCACCAUCACUCUCUCUUCCAUCCUCUUCGCCCUCGCACUCUUCUUCUUCCAAUCCGAACCCUUCAAAUCGAUCCUCUUCUGGCUCUCCCUCUCCCUCCUCAUCGGCCCCUUCGCCCCGAUUUCACUCACCGGCGGCGAUGUUAGCGUCGGCCGCGGAAACAUCGUAAAUUUCCCUGAUGAACACGCCGCCGCCGAGGAAGAUCAGAAGCCUCCCCCGCAGCGGCGAUCCAGGUCACGCAGAUCGGAUGAGCCCGCGUUUGCUCCCGUACCGACGUUAGCGAAAUCCGAGCAUCGGAGAGGUGAGCAGAACGGCGUUGCUGCGGUGGCGGUGGCGGAGGAGGAGAAGGGGUGGAAUGAGGAGGAUGUUGAGAUUCUGAAGAAGCAGAUGGCGAAGCAUCCUGUUGGGAAGCCUGGACGGUGGGAGGCGAUUGCGGCGGCGUUUGGAGGGCGGCACAAGGCGGAGAGCGUGAUCAAGAAGUCUAAGGAGUUAGGGGAGAAAAGAAGCGACGAUUCGGACUCGUACGAGCAGUUUUUGAAGAAGAGGAAGGCGGCGGAUAAGAGGGGUGGUGGUGAAGAAGAAGAAGGGAAGGUUGAGGAGGAGACUAAUUGGAGUAAUGGGGAGGACAUUGCAUUGCUGAAUGCUUUGAAAGCGUUUCCGAAGGACGCUCCGAUGAGAUGGGAGAAGGUUGCUGUUGCAGUUCCUGGGAAAUCCAAGGCUGCUUGUGUGAAAAGAGUUGCUGAAUUGAAGAAAGGGUUUCGGAGCUCAAAAGGUGCUUCCUAAGGGUAAAUGGAUUCUUUUUGUUCUCGAAUUCUAAUACGCGGGAGUGUGAAAUGCUGUUUCGGUGAGGUUAAUGGAUUGAUGAACUUGUAACUUAUGCUGAUAAUUUUUUGUUUAUUGACAUGGGAAGAUAUUGUUAAAGAUGAUCUCAUUAUUUAUAAUAUCCCUCAUAAUCUGGGUUUUGAUCGAGCUCAAUGGUUGUAGUAUGAUCCAUAUAGCCGACCUCACUUGGUGAGAUAAGGCUUUUGUUGUUGUUGUUGUUAUUUGAUUUAUGAAUUACAUUGAUAAUUGGUUCGGUUUA